GAAAUUUCAAGAGAGUCGACACCUUGCUCAACCUUCGAUCUUUGUCGCUAGAGGAGUCCAACUCGAGCCAGGAAAUCCAGGUUUUCUGCUUAUCUCUCACCCGCGAAAAAUCGCCGUUUUGCGCUCUGUGGGAUGGUGCCCAGCUGGGCAUGCAAAGUCUUGAACAUGUCGAUUUGAGUCUCGACUUCCCAAAGUUUUUAGAGAAUCUUUCCUCAAAGAAAGGCCAAAACCGACGCUCUGCAGGAAAGGCGACUUGCCGAUCUCUCCGGCCGACUGCGAGAGCUGCAGGGCGCUGUCUCUCGUCCUUCUUCUGAAUCCGUCCGCCGACGCUUCUCCGCGCUCUCUCCGGAUCUCUGAAAUUUACCUCUUUGCCAGCAUGCCGCAGAACGAGUACAUUGAGCUUCACCAAAAGCGCUUUGGACGACGUCUCGAUCACCAUGAGAGGCAACGCAAGAAGGCGGCGCGCGAGCCGCACAAGCUGUCCAAGCAGGCGCGUCGCCUCCGCGGCAUCAAGUCCAAACUGUUCAACAAGAAACGCUACGUGGAGAAGGCGACGAUGAAGAAGACUUUGAAGCACUUUGAGGAGAAAGACGCAAAGAGCGCGGAGCCGGAGCAGGCCCCAGACGGCGCCGUCCCCGCGUAUCUCCUCGAUCGUGAGGCGGUCAAACGCACCAAAGUCCUCAGCAACAUGGUCAAGCAAAAACGCAAAGAGAAGGCGGGCAAAUGGCAAGUGCCUCUGCCCAAGGUAAAGGCCAUGACUGAGGACGAAAUGUUCAAGGUCCUUCGCAGCGGCAAACGCAGAAAGAAGGCGUGGAAGCGCGUAGUGAACAAGGUCUGCUUUGUCGGCGAGGAUUUUACGCGGAAGCCUCCCAAGUUCGAGCGGUACAUCCGGCCGACCGGCCUGCGCUUCAAGAAGGCGCAUGUGACGCAUCCUGAGCUGAAAACGACUUUCCACCUCGACAUUGUCGGCGUCAAGAAGAAUCCGCAGUCGCACCUCUACACUUCGCUCGGCGUCAUCACCAAGGGAACGAUCAUCGAAGUGAACGUCAGCGAGUUAGGCCUUGUGACCCAAACUGGCAAAGUCGUCUGGGCAAAGUACGCGCAGGUGACGAACAACCCCGAGCUUGAUGGAUGCAUCAACGCUGUUCUCCUCGUUUAGGCGUUGAAUCUGCAUGCGCCUUUCUUCUUGUUUCACUCCCUUUUCGUCUGGACGAACUUCUCCGGCCUCUGCCUUUCUCCUCACGCUCACACCUGACCAUGCAUAUAUCCAUGUAUAGAUUUGCGUGUAUGUGUGUUUGGAGACGGGAAUGCUUCUUUGUAUGGAUUGUUUCGAGACUCCGUACCGCGGAGGAGCCUUCAGUCCUUCACUGUCUCUGAUGAUUUCGAGCAUUUUCCUCGACUUUUCGCUUGCCGAACGACUGACGCUUGGUCGCUUGCGACAGGAAGCUCUGUGGGGAACUCUUUUUCUUUAUCCUUCCUAGGUGCGUUUGCCCCUGCGACAGACUCGGAUUCUCUCGUCGUCUCUUUGUAAAAAAACUGCUCUAUAUAUACACAUACACAUGCACUAGUAUCUGCUUGCGCCUUCCUGCCACCCCGAACACUCUAAACAUACAUGUACAUGUACAUGUAUACGCAUCUGUAAGCUAUGCUUGCAGUUUGAGUAUUUGUGCAUCUUGAUUGGUAUUCGUAUCGACUUGUAUUUAUAUCGACGAGUGAGGUCAGUUCCGUUGUCGGACGCCUGGAGUGUCUCCUGUUUUUCGCCUGGAGAUAGGACCGUUUUUGUGUUCGAGGCGUCAUGGCAUUCCGCGAAAGAUUUUGUGUCGAGCUUUCGCUUUUUUGGGGAGGAGGGCGGGGGAAUUCAACUUUACACUCGCACUCGCAACGUGGUUUCUCAGGCUGCUUGGCGCGUCCUUCCUUCGCGCGACUUGCGUUUUCGCCAUUUUGAACGAAACUUGAGACUUUCUCCGGGACAUUGCUUUCCCUGUCAAAAAAUCUCUUUUUCUUUCCACGCGCGCACCCUCCUCGAACCGAGACAGAAAAGAGGAUAUUUGAAGAAAAGGAUAUUUCACGAAAAGGAUGUCGUUUGCCUCUCGACUUUCUCAGAGAGAACGCUUGCUACAUUUCGUUCGCCUCACACUUCUAAUCCAGCCUUAGGCAAAGGCGAGAUCUGAAAAGGAACCUAGAAGCUUUUUUCCGCAUUCUCUUCGCACAGAUUGCCAAGAAAUUCUCAUGCGACGUAUAUAGCCUGUGUCUUUCAAAACAUUUUGCCUUCUCUAACCCAGGCAGAGAGAGACGGACCGAGGAGACACCCCCACCCCAGCUGGUUCUCUCACAUGGAAAAGUAUUCUUAAAAUGAAAAAGAGUUCUUCCCUGUAUCUGGUUUGCCUAGCGAAGCUCGGAGAAGCCGGCAGAACAGACCUCAGACCUGUUUUGAUCGAAACAAGUACGGGUGUUCUCACAAAUAGGUGGAGAGGAAGCUCGCUGUUUUCUCUGGAUUGCUAACGCAGCACACAGAGAGGACAGGAGUUUGCGUUUUCAGACUACGCAGACAAGAAACGCCGCGAAGACAGAGAGUAGUCAGGUAGUCUGUCGAAGCAAGAGGACCUUUGAGAUGACGCUUCCCAGAAAAAGCGGGUGAAAACACGCACACACGCGCAUGCAGUUGCUUCUUCUCUUCCCUCGAACUGCUCCCACAAUAAAGAGUUGCACAAAGUCGAUGAUGCUCGUUCGCAAGCACUGCGAGAAGCAGCUUUUCUCGAGAAUCCUACAUUUUUCUUCUGGCCCUAAAACCAAGGCGCGGACCAUUCGGAGACAUUCUGCUGUGAGGCAAAAGCGCGCGACGAGCAGAGAAAGCGCAGCAUUUCAAAGAGAAAGAAAAGUCGGAGGAAAACCUGCAGACCUGCUUUGAAGCUGCUGCGCUCCCGAGCAAACUGCCGCAUUGACGCAACAAACGGCGAAACCUCUCUUCUUCUUCGACCUCCUCCACAGGCAGAGCCAUCGACAAAUGCAGGCCUCCAUCACACACAGAUUCUUCUCUUUCUAUACAG